AUGUGCGUGGAGCGGGUGACGUCUUCCAAUGCGGAUGCAGCACUCCUGGAGAACAGCGAUCGCUUGCUGUCCGUCUUGCACGGCGUCGAGGCAGAGAUCGAGGCUGCCCGUGAGAAGUACUUUGUGGUGUGUCGAGCCCUGGAUCCCAGCCAGUAUGGCUUUUGCUGCAAGCGGUUCCUGUUAUUCGUCAAGAAGAGCAUGUGCAAAUGCAGUUCGGACAAGGACCUCGAAAGUUUCCUGGACUCAAUAUUUGCCAGCUUCAAAAACAAGAACGCCAAAGAAGAUUUGUUCAGUCUCUUGUCAGAGUAUGGGAUGGCGGAGGGCCCCCCGGCAGGUGACUCAGAUGCAUGCGGAUGCACUGAGAUGGAGCCCUUGGUUUGUGGUCGACACAGGUGCCGCUGCACACAAUGCAAGUCCACUAUCAGUGUCAGUGCGGACAUUGGGAAAAGGCUGGAGUGUCGCUGGGCGCGUCGCCACGCAAAGUGGCUGUCGGCAGCGCGCCUGACGACCUUACCAGAGAUGACUGCAGCCACGCAGUCAGUUGUCGCCUGCAGCAGCUCGCCGCGCGUGCGGCAUAUGCUUCGAGUUUUAGCCGCAGACGAUCCUGAAUUUACCGCGAAGGGCGUGCUGGACAUCGGUCAAAACAUCGAUUUUAGCCAGGCACGGAAGGACGGUCAACUGGGUGCGGUGACAACGAGUUCCAACAUCUACGUGGCCGGCUCUUUCAGGCAAUGUCUUGAACCUGCAACGCUGGCCAGACUCAUGGGUCGAAGUGCGAGUGGGCUGAGUGAGAUCAGCAGGGUCAACAACAAGUUGGCCAAGAAGUUGAUUGUCAACACGCUUCACGUGCCUCUUCUGGCACUGCUUGUGACAUCCCUGCUGCACACGCUGAAGUGA